UCGUGAAGUCUGUAACGACAGCGGUGGUUGACCCUUGACCCAGUAUAAAGUGAAUAUCUUUUCCGAGUUUCGACAACACGCCAAACACGGUACUUAUAUACUUUUUGUAGGUACAUAGGUAGUUACAUACGCAUACCAUCAGCUCAGCGGUCUUGAAUGCCUUGAUCGACUCUGGUACGACCUUAGCCCAGCAGAGUUCGGUCAGCUCGGCGCGUCGGCUACCUUGCAGUGUGGAGUAUAUAUGUGGUGGAAGCUUGCAUUUGCAACGCAGUAACAGGCAGUAAGCAAAACACCGUGAAGAGACUACUAGGUUGAGUAUAAGAUAUACUGCUUAUCAAGCGCGUCGUCGUCUACUGCAGGAACAAAUCAUAUCAGCAGAUCCGAGCACAUUUCUGCUUUACAUCGCAAAUCAGUACCAGCACACUCUCCAAACUGCUCAAGACUUAUCAAGUCCACUGUUUGUCUACGUCAAUAUCUGCAAAGCAUAAAAACACAGCUCAAAAAUGUCAGACUGGGAUACUGCUCCGACAAUUAUUCGCAAGAGACCGCCCAAGGCUGGCACAUUGAAGUCCGAACAGGCAGUGAACCAAGCUCGCCGGCAAGGAGUAACUGUGGAGACUCAAGCCAAAUGGGGAGGUGGAGCCAACAAGCAACAUGUUACCACAAAAAAUACAGCCAAAUUGGACCGUGAGACUGAAGAAUUGAAACAUGAAAAAAUUCCCCUUGAUCUUGGCAAAACAAUUCAACAAGGAAGACAGGCGAAAGGGUUUUCUCAGAAAGAUCUAGCCACAAAAAUUAAUGAAAAAACACAGGUGAUUACCGAUUAUGAAGCCGGCAGAGGUAUUCCCAACAACUUGGUGCUUGGCAAAAUUGAAAAAGUACUUGGAAUUAAAUUAAGAGGCAAGGAUCGUGGCAAGCCAGUGCCAGUAAUAACUGCAAAAAAAUAAAAUCGGAUACACAUUUUGCUAAAGGGUGAAACUCUAAGCGAAUAUGAGGGUGAAAAACCCUUUGGCAAAAAAAACAUAGUGGUUUUGAAAACCCAGACCGCGGAAUAAAGUUUAAAAAUAUAAAUGGGUCUUUCUAUUCCUUCGAUUGUUUAUACACAAAACGGUUACACUUCAGAAAUAGUAAUCCAUCUAUUCAAUCUUUGUUUUUUUUUUUGUUGUUUUGAUAAGCAUAAAGUAUAUUACAAUAUUAUGUUUGUAUAUUUCUGAAAAUUUAAAGAGUAAGAUAUAGUAAAUAUGAAUAAUUCAUUGUCAAGUGUUAGUUAUCCAUGAGUAGAAUGUAAAAAUUUUGCGUUUUGCAUACACACUUAAACACAUGGUUGACUGAUUAAUGCUUUUGAUUAGUGAAGAUCAUUUUUAUUUAUAAAAACUAUGCAUAAUAAAAAAAAAUGAAUAAAUUAAGUUACUUAAAAUG